AUGCGUUUUGAGAACUGGGACGUCCUCCUUUUCCCUGACGGUUCGAAGGUGCCCAUUCAAGAAUUCAAGACGCAAUGCUUCGUGACUAGGGACAGUGAAUCUCCCUACAUGCAUAUCGAAUCUUUGGUCACUGCUUCCUCCCACCCUCUUCAGCCAAGUUAUGCCCAGGGCAUCAUUGGCUACACUCCUAUCUUGACGACCUUUGUCCCUAGCAUGUCUCGCAACAGUCCGUUUAGGAUUUCUAUCCAUAGUUGGAAGAAGCCGGCUCCCACGAGGAUGAUGGAGAGCCUCAUGCAGCCGGAUGACUCUGUCAUGUUUGAGAUGCGGGUGUUUAUUGAUGGAAUAUUUAUUGCUGGGAGUCUGACCAACCAGAGGACUGGGUGGCCUCAAGUUAUCGAUUCCAAUUCUCAUGUCGACAAAAAUGGCGACCAGGAUUGUUUACACUUCCCGGCGUUCCAUGAAGAGAUGCUUCAACAGAGCCACUGGGAAGCCGGGGAAGAGUUUGGCCGUAUCAAAAUUGUUGUUGCGGAAGGGUUUUCUCGACCCAAUCGAAAUCCCCCAUUCGAAAGAGUUAGGAAUCUCGUUUUCUUCUCUUUCCAACAUGCUCCGUUGAAUAUUUUGGAAGGCUCGAAUUUAGCCUGGCCAAACCCGGGAAUGUGGCAUCAGGCCUCACGCCCCAGUUUCAAAUACCAUCUUGGGGUCGACUAUGGUGGUAUUAGGGAAAAUGAAGAUGCUCACUCCCACUCUCCAACUCGCCCAGAGCCUCGUGGAAUUGGUAUCUCGGACGCUAGUCGCUCCUCGCAAUACACAACCUGGCCCCAGCGGCUUUAUCCUACUCCUCAGACGUCUUGGGCACGGCCCGCAUUACCGGCGAGGGACUCUAGAUGGCCUUUGCAACCUGUAGUCCAGGACCCCUUCAUUGAUUCUUUCAGGGAGCCGGGUCUCAGUCGGCGUUCCCGCUCAACCUUGGACGACGUGUCAAUGCCAGACUAUGCUGCAUCAAGCUCCAAUAGCAGCCGAGCAAUAUCUAACAUGACAGGCAUCAGUUUCGGACAGCACAGUAAAGAGCCUAGUGCUAUUGCACCGAUUGAUGAUGAACAGUAUAACCAGCUGAUCGAGGCACUGAGUCCAGGGAAAUUGACCAGUGGAACUCAUGCACCGACAAACACACCAUCUUCAGCUCAUCCCAUGGCGUCCAAGCAGUGUGCGGCUAAAGAAUCUCGAGCUCGUCGGUCCCAUUCGAAACAUCCAAGUCGCCCUGGAGCUUUAAAAGAACUGUCCCAGCCAGGAGUACGGGCUGUUUCGGGAUCGAGUCCCCGAUCAGAUAGCGAUGAAGGUCUUGGGAGCGAAAAUGCACCGCUUCCGUCAAAUCUGCUCAGCCCAAACCCAAAGGUGAAAGGGAAGAAGGAGGGUACUGGGAGCGAGGUAGACACGCCGCUCUAUGGCUCUAAUAGAGUACUCACGAAUAGCGCGAAAACGGUCAGAAGAUCACAGAGUAACAUUACUGCAUCCGCUGAAUCGAAACGCAAAAGGUUGGGUACUUCAGAACAAGUAGAAAUUGCAGAAGACACCGAAUCCGGCAGCCCUUCACCUACCAAAAAAAUAUCCCGCCUGGAGGCCAAAGACUUGAGCCCCCGGUCGACACUCGAAGAAGCUCUGGAGGCAAGAACAAGAGUCACUGCCACAAGACGAGAAACAGAGGCGUCGGGAUGGAGGGGUAUAGGAUUACUGAUACAGCGUCACUCUUACACUACUCGAUAUCAGCAGCACACCUCAAAACGGAAAGACCAUUCUAGCUUAGCCUCUGGCUCAAUUCCACCUUCUAACAUGGGCUCUCAAUAUGCCGCUCCCUUAGGCGAUCUUCGAAAUAUCCAGACCAAUGAUAGUGCAGAAAAUGCCCUUAAACAAGAUGCGACUAAUGAAAUUCAUAGAUCCCUAAACAAUGCGUCAUCAGUGCUUGUCCCGGCUAAACCUUGCGUCCUAUCCUGCCAAAUGAACAAUACCUCAAAACCUCAUACCGCGACCUCGACCUCGAUGCCGCACAACCCGGCACUCGAGUGUGUUAUCCCCCGCGAUAGCUCACGAGGGUCAGCACCUCCUCCCCCCCUACCACCACAGCCCUUGGGGAUUGUUGGCUGGGUUGCUUGCCAGGAAAAUGUCGGACCUACAACCCAUUCGCCCCUGGCAGAGGUUGGGUUUGCUAGCUUUGCACCUAGUCCUACAUUUCCCAAGGCCAGCAGUACUGGGUUUCCUGGGCUGGCCUCGAUGCAGACAUAUUCCCCGGCUGACGUGAUCAGCUCCUUUGGAAACAUAGAAGGAUGUGCAGGGAUAAUAGCUCGUCCAACACAUAUGCUAUCGGGGUGCACUUGCCCCCAAUCUCAGACAUCCCAAGACCACAACGCCGUUCCUGGGAUGUCCGGGAGCAGCAGCGUUGAUGGCGGCCGCCAUAAUGACUCUGAAUCCAGGGGAAGGCUGGAAUCUGACCUUGCUGAUGACGUGCUGGCUGCCGCUGCGGCAGCAGCUGUCGAGGAGCCCCAGCCUCAGAACCUAAAAUUUGGGGACUUGGAUGUUGACUUUAUUGAUCUCAACGCGGCUGUCUUUUACUUUUGGUGUUCUAUCCGUCGUGGCCAGCCUGCUCCCGCAUUUCAGCUAUGA